AUUUGAUUGAUAUUUAUUAUGAAAGUAUAGCCCUACAGCCCUGAUCUUUAAACACACCUACCAACUUUACUUAUUCUUACUUUCAAUCUAAAAGCAUAUCUAAACAAUGCAGGAUACAAAUGAUGAUGGAGCUAGUGCUAGGACACUACCACCACCACUCACCGCUCAAUUGAGGCAAAGUUUGGCCAAUACCGCCCACGCGCUCUUCAACACGCCAAAGCGAAGGGCAGAAAUAGCCAAAGAUAUGGAGGAAAGAGAACGUAGGAAACGCGAGGGUAUUGAUGAACCAACGGAGAUGGAACUGGAAGAAAUCGAGGCGAAAAGAAGGGCAGAUGCAAGAAGUGCCGCUCUGCGAAGAGCUGCGGAAGUUCGUAAUGAAGCCACCGAGGAGGCCAACUACAAGUGUAUCGAGGAUUAUGCGAGGAUGAUGGAGUGUGUACAGAAGGGAAGCAUGUUCAAACCAUGUUUUGAUUUUGAAAAGAUAUACGGAGAUUGCAGGAAAAGAGUCGUCUCGGACUACAUAGCGCAAAAGAAGGAGGAGGAACCGGGUCUAAUGCUUCUGUGAACGGAGCUGUCGUCUAAACAUAUCAAAGUCUUCUGAGGCCGGAAAACAACCGCUCCUCAGAACUGAGAAAUCAUCGUAUAGGCGCCACAGAACACCUUCAAGACUAUUUUUUAAAUGCCUUCAAAGCCAUCAAAGCCGACAGAUUGAAAUUUCUCCCUAACACGGGUCUGGCUACUGCUAGUUGCUGAUUAUUAAUACUGCCGACAUUAAUGGAUAAAUAAAUUCUCAAGUCUCUAUGAGCGCCCACGCCUCACUGACCUUAACGGUGUGAUCAUCG